AUGCCGUCUUGUGCAGUGGUUUCAUGCAGAAAUAGAAGCCAAGACAAAAACUGUAGAAGUCAUGGCAUCGGUUACCAUGCGUUUCCGAAAGAUCCAAUAAUAAAAGAGAAAUGGAUAGACGCCUGCGGACGCAAAGACAGCUGGUUUCCAACGAAGAACGCGGUAAUAUGCAGUCUGCAUUUUACAGAGGACUGCUUCCAACUGACUAAAAUAAGAAGACUUUUUCCGAAUGCUAUACCUACUCUCAAGUUAAGAUUAGUUUUUGAUAAGCCAGAAGAGAGCACAGACAACGUGAGAGUCAAGAGAAAAACUACCAAUCCAAAUAAAAUGAGGACGAUUCUGGAAAAGUACAAAAUGCAAAUUGAAAAAUAUAAAAAGGUGCUGACGGCAAAGAACUUGGAAGUAAAAAGCCUGAAACAGACGAUCAGAAGAUGUCGACAGAAAAUAAACACAAUGGAGAAUAUUCUAACUACACUCAAAAAUGAAAAUGUUAUUGGUGAAGACCAUUUUUAUUUGAUGGAAAAUGAUAGUAUUACAAAAUUUAAAGUAAUAACACCUACGACUUAA